CUUUCAACGUUCACGCGAGACUAGCAUACUGCGCGCGUUUUUUUGUCUUUAGCGCCGCGUUGUUCGCGCAGUUCGCACGUUUUGCGAGAUUUAGGCGUCCUUGUUCGUACGAAUACUGUCACCUGUCACUGUCUGCAGAACUCGUAUCUAGGGCAAUCUAGGAGUUGUGGGUGCCGCACUGUGCACUGAAAUCGUGAAACGUCAUGGCCGAAGUUGACACGGAAGAAAUGAUACAAGAAGAGCAAGAGUUGCAGGAGGCCUCGGCAGAAAACGAGGCACUGGUAAAACACAGCGAGAAAGAACUCUCCCGCGAAGAGAGCCUCGCACGCCUGCAGCGUCUGCUGGAAACUAGCAGCACCUAUUCCCAAUUUCUCCUGCAGCGCAUUCAACAGCAGAAACAAGAAAACAAGGCACGACCUCAAAACAAGACGCUUCAAGAGGUUAAUGAAAACUGUCAGACGACCCCAAAGCGAAGAAAUUCUGAUUCAGCAUCGCCGAGAUCAGCGAAGAGAGCUCGAAGCAGAUUGGACGAGAACAAAUUGGGUUCUGCACGGAAUGUUCAAAGGGACAACACCGGAGGCGCAAACACUGCAGGCGAGAACCAGCCGUCGCUUUUUACUGGUGGCAUUCUUCGCCCUUACCAAGUAGAGGGAUUUAACUGGCUCAAGCUUCUUCAUGAGAAUGGGGUGAAUGGCAUCCUUGGUGAUGAGAUGGGCCUGGGCAAGACAGCGCAAGUUCUGGCUCUUCUUGCACACCUGAAGGAGCGAAGAAUACAUGGGCCGUUCCUCAUCAUUGCCCCUCUCUCUACUGCACCACAAUGGGUAGCCGAAGCCAAACGUUUUGUGCCAUCCCUAUCAACACUGCUGUACCAUGGGCCCCAGCGCCGUGCCAAUCAUUCUCCUAAACAGCUAGAAAAAGUCAACCUUGUUGUCACCUCUUAUGAAGUAGCGAUGCGGGACGCCUCCCAUUUCGCAAACGUGCGUUGGCGAUUUCUGGUUGUUGACGAGGGGCAUCGGCUGAAGAAUCCGAGCUGCCAUCUGGCAAAAACCCUCCACCUUCUGCGUACGGACGGUCGUCUUCUGCUCACUGGCACUCCUCUGCAGAACAGUCUUGCUGAGCUCUGGGCCCUGCUUCAUUUCCUCUUGCCAGAGAUCUUCUCUGAUCUUGAUGCUUUUCAGUCCUGGUUUGAUGUGGGAGCACUGAGCAGUGGAGGUGAUGGAGAAGCACUCAUAGUAGCUCAAGAGCAGAAAGACCACGUUAUUGCAACGAUGCAUGAGAUCUUGAGGCCAUUUCUGUUGAGACGUACCAAGGAAGAAGUGUGCUUGCAGAUUCCACAAAAGAAGGAAGUGACAGUGUGGGCACCCAUGAGCCCUCUGCAAGAACAAUAUUACAGCGCAUGCAUUAACCAUUCCAUUGAACUGUUGUUGACAGGAAAGGACAAGCAUAACCGACCAAGCUCUACAGAGCUAAACAUAGCAGGCCGUCCAAGGAGAAGCGCUGCAAAGAGUAUAUGCUACACAGAGCCGCCAGAAUUAGACUUAGACCGACUUGAAGAGGAAGUAGGGCCAACAGCAGAUUCCCAGGCCAACUCUGAGCAGAAGGAGGAACAAAAGAAGCAAGAAGUGACUGCGAUACUGCGGUUCAGUGGGGAGAAGAACCUCCUGAUGGACUUGCGUAAAAUAUGUAGCCACCCGUACUUGGUGCGUUGCCCUCUGGAGGAUGGACUGAUCCCCAGAGACGAGGCGCUCGUUGAGGCUUCGGGAAAACUCCGUCUGCUCGACGCCAUGCUGCUGCAGCUUAGGAAAAGAGGGCAUAAGGUUCUUCUCUUCAGUCAAAUGACACACAUGUUGGAUUUGCUCGAAGAGUACUGUUGUCUGCGGAACUUUCAAUACUGCCGUCUGGAUGGUAAUACCAGUGCUGAGGAUCGUGUUGAUCAGAUCCGCUUGUUCAACGAAGACUCCAGGAAGUUUAUUUUCCUACUGAGCACCCGUGCAGGAGGACUUGGGUUGAAUCUCACAGCAGCCGACACCGUAGUGCUCUUUGAUUCAGACUGGAACCCCCAAAGUGAUGCGCAAGCUUCAGCACGCUGCCACAGAAUCGGACAGACUCGCCCUGUCAUUAUCUACCGCCUUGUUGUCCGCGGCACCGUGGACCAGCGAAUGGUAGAGAUGGCCACUGCCAAGCGGAAACUGGAAUGUCUCAUUAUGCAAAAGGGGAAGUUCUCGUUUCACAACGGUGUGAGCAGAAGCGCUGUAUCACCAGAGGAGCUGCAGGAGCUCCUCAAGUCUGCCGACACCCCCAAUGUUGUGCAUGCGGAUGCCCCUGUGCUGUCCCUGGAGGAUUUGAACGCUCUACUUGAUCGCUCUGAUAAGGCAGCCACGCAUAGUGACGUCUUCCAGCUUGUCAAGAACGAAGAAGCCAUUUGAUGACAUAAACCAAUGUCCCGACAAUCUCUAGUCAAAAACAAACUACAAUGCGCUCAUGAAGCCCCCUGAGUACGCAUUUCUUCGACUUUUGUACCUCCUGUCUUUCAAUGCUCACGAAGAGCAUUUUACUUUUACGUACCCUGGUGACAAGUGUUCACACUCCGUGCAGUGUUGCCGGUUAGAAAGAAAUUAAAUAUGAGCAAAUUUAGUAUUC